AUAUUUUUUUUUCAUGUGUCCACUGGCGGUAUUGCAGCAAAGUGUGCAACUCAUGCUUAGAGGGAGAUUUUGGCUUUCCGUUGGUCCAUGUCAACAAAGUAGCUAACGCUAGCUUGUCAAAAUAACACACUUGGUGGAUUAAGAUGUUAAGACUAGCAUGGCGUCGUUCGCCGUCUAACAAUAGCUUUGUGGAGCCUGUACGCCUUCUAACUGCAGCUUUUAUAGGAGCGGACGGGCAACAGCAGAGCUCACGGGCUCACGUUAGGUGUUUCAGACAAAUUCCCCACCCACCAAAGGACAGGUCAUCGCUCCUCCAGCUCCUGUCGGCCUGCUGUCUCAGUCCAUCUUUGUUUAUGAGCAUGGCGUCAGGGGGCGAAGGGCCAGCAUCCAGUCAGCAUAAACAUACCAACAGACUGGCCAAAGAGAGGUCCCCCUACUUGCUACAACAUGCGCACAACCCUGUUGACUGGUAUCCAUGGGGACAAGAGGCUUUUCAGAAGGCAAAGACAGAAGACAAACCCAUCUUUUUAUCAGUGGGCUAUUCUACGUGUCACUGGUGCCAUGUUAUGGAGAGGGAAUCUUUUGAGGACGAGGAAAUUGGUAAAAUCCUCAGUGACAACUUUGUCUGCAUCAAACUAGAUCGAGAAGAGAGACCUGAUGUGGACAAGGUCUACAUGACUUUUGUACAGGCAACGAGUGGAGGUGGAGGUUGGCCCAUGAGUGUGUGGUUGACUCCUGAUCUUCGACCAUUCAUUGGAGGCACUUACUUCCCUCCCAGAGAUCAUGGAGGACGACCAGGAUUCAAGACUGUCCUCACCAGAAUCAUUGAACAGUGGCAGAACAACCGUCCUGCUUUGGAGUCGAGUGGUGAGAGGAUCCUUGAUGCUCUGAAGAAAGGCACAGCCAUCACUGCAAACCCCGGAGAAAGCCCUCCAUUGGCCCCAGAUGUUGCUAAUCGCUGCUUCCAGCAGUUGGCCCAUUCCUAUGAGGAGGAGUAUGGAGGAUUUAGGGAUGCUCCAAAGUUCCCCUCUCCAGUGAAUCUGAUGUUCCUCAUGUCUUACUGGUCUGUGAAUCGCUCCACCUCAGAAGGGGUUGAAGCUCUUCAGAUGGCCAUGCACACACUCCGCAUGAUGGCGCUGGGAGGCAUCCACGACCACGUAGCACAGGGUUUUCAUCGUUACUCUACAGAUUCCUCCUGGCAUGUUCCUCACUUUGAAAAGAUGCUUUAUGACCAGGCUCAGCUGGCUGUGGCCUACAUAACUGCUUUCCAGGUGUCAGGUGAGCAGUUUUAUGCAGAAGUGGCGAAGGACGUGCUGCGCUACGUCUCCAGAGACCUGAGUGACAAGUCUGGAGGCUUCUACAGUGCAGAGGAUGCAGACUCUGUCCCAGUGUCCGGGGGACUGGGAAAGCGAGAGGGGGCCUUCUGCGUCUGGACAACCUCGGAAGUUCGGGAGCUCUUGCCAGAUGUAGUGGAGGGCGCCACCGGAGCUGCGACGCAGGCGGACAUCUUUAUACACCACUAUGGGGUCAAGGAGCAGGGCAACGUUGCACCAGAACAGGACCCACACGGGGAGCUGCAGGGCCAGAAUGUGCUGAUCGUCCGUUACUCCGUUGAGCUUACAGCUGCUCGUUUUGGCAUCACGGUUGAGAAAGCCAACCAGCUCCUGGCAUCUGCCAGAGCCAAAAUGGCAGAAGUGAGGAAUACUCGGCCACGCCCACACCUGGACUCCAAGAUGCUGGCUUCCUGGAACGGCCUGAUGCUGUCCGCCUAUGCUCGCGUUGGAGCCGUGCUGGGGGACGAGGCCUUGCUGGAGAGAGCGGUGCAGGCGGCGAACUUCCUCAGGGAACACUUGUGGGAUGCCGAGCAUCAGAUUAUACUCCGAUCUUGUUACCGUGGAGACCAGAUGGAGGUGCAACAGAUAUCUCCGCCUAUCCCUGGCUUCCUGGAUGACUAUGCCUUCAUCGUUUGUGGCUUGCUGGACCUGUACGAGGCCACGCUGCAGACGGAGUGGUUGCAGUGGGCCGAGGAGCUGCAGCUCAGGCAGGACGUGUUGUUCUGGGAUGAUCAGGGUGGAGGUUUCUUCUGCAGUAAUCCCAGCGAUGGCACGGUUCUGCUGCAGCUGAAAGAGGAUCAGGAUGGAGCAGAGCCCAGUGCUAACUCGGUGUCAGCUUCCAAUCUUUUGCGCAUGUCCCAGUAUACUGGAAGACAGGAUUGGCUCCAGAAGUCCCAGCAGCUGCUGGCAGCGUUUUCUGAUCGCCUGACCAGAGUUCCCAUAGCCCUCCCUGAAAUGGUUCGAGCUCUGAUGGCCCAGCACUACACACUUAAACAGGUUGUGAUCUGUGGUCAUAAGGAUGCUCCAGACACUGCCAGCCUCCUAUCAGCAGUCAACUCCAUCUUCCUUCCAUAUAAGGUUUUGAUGCUCACUGAUGGGAAUCCAGAGAGUUUCCUAUGCCAGCGACUGCCCGUCCUCUCCUCCAUGGUCCAGCUGGGUGGUGUCGCCACCGCCUACGUCUGCCAGGACUUCACAUGCUCUCUUCCUGUGACAGACCCCCAGGAGCUACGUCGGCUACUCCUGGAUGGGACUAUGGACAUGCAAACACAAUGACACCUGAAGUACCAGUGGAUGUUGGUAGACUGGCUCAUUUCUGCUGUUUCUGGCUUCAACCUGAAUGAAUCCCAAUGCUUUAAAAGCUACCAAGCUCUGCUGAUUAAAGUAGGCCAUCAUUCCAAAGCUACAGCCUAUUCUGUAUAGCGGGUGUUCACCCCUAUGUACAUAACAUGAAGUGGUGGUCAACCUAGGUCAUUAUAGAACAAAGCAUAUGUGGCAAACAUGUUCUUGAUUGCUGGAAAAUGUCUUCUGUUAACUUUUUUCCUUCGAAUUGUAUAAAUGAUGAAACUGGCUUCCUCCUCUCAGGAAUAGCCUGCCAAGGUAUUUAUUCUAUUUCUAUUUAGCAGAUGCUUUUCUCCAAAGCGAAUUACAUCAGGUGUUAAUAUUUGUCCCAUGUGGGUUGGAACUCAGGUCUCCCUUACUGGGAAAUGGGUGCCCUUCUAACUAAGCUGUCCAGCUGCCAGUUUAAAAGAUUUGUCAAUAAAAGUCGCAUUUGCCAACAUUUCUUUAAGAUCACAAAUAAUUUUACUUCAGUUGGUUAGGUUUAGUUUCUGCUAUGUGGCUAUCAUGGGGUGAUAAAA